CAAUGUUGCUCCCUACACUCUUACUUCUCCUCCAGGUUACACUGGGGGCUUUUUUCACUCUUCCGCAGUUACACCUCCGAGCGCCAGACUGCAAUAUCCAAAUACCGAAUUUGGACCCUGAACCCAUUGUUGUUGACGGCACUUACACGUUUCUAUACGCCGCCCCGGAUGCAUCAUCAGUUGUUAUAAAAUCAGGUGAAACAAUUAUUAUUUCUUGUCCCGGAGGACAAAUGACAGUCGGCUCAACUCAGUUCAAUUCGACAAUUUCGGCGACUUGUAUCUCCAACAGUGACUUUUCGGUUGGCUCUGCAACAAUAAACUUCAACCAAAUCACUUGCUCGAGAAACCCAUUUCACACUGCGAGAUACACGGGGAAAUCCUGCGAAAAAAGCGGCAAAGAAAUUGAAGUUGGAUUUGCCGUAAAUGAUAAUUUUGCCCGCGAAAUUACCAUUUGUUUCGAUGCUCCCAACUUGAAUUCUUUGUACUCUUCGUACGAAAUACCGCGGUCUAUUGGCCACCACGAAUCUGGUGUGAGUCGCCCGAGCUUCAUAGAAGAUGAUUUCUACAACCUCGAAGUGAAAGUCAACAGUUUGUACGUACGAGGGGGGCAAAGAUCGACGAUUAAUAGCUUGUUGGGGCUCCCAAGUAACUCCACUAAAUACAUCCAAGACGGAAACGAUUUUUAUCUCGCCCGGGGACACUUUGCAGCUAAAGCAGACUUCGUCUACGCUUCUCAACAAACUGCGACUUUUCACUACGUAAAUGUUGCCCCUCAAUGGCAAAGCUUCAACGGUUUCAAUUGGAAUCAAGCCGAAAGUGAUGUCAGAGAUUACGCCGAAAAAAAUGGGGUUGAUUUAAGGGUGUACACGGGGACUUACGGAGUCACAACUUUGCCACAUGAGGAAACGAAGGAGGAAAUCCCGCUUUAUUUGUAUAUUGGGAGUAAUGGGAUUCAAGGGAUUGCCGUCCCGGAACUCUACUGGAAAGUGGCCUACAAUCCCGAAACGAAACUGGGAGUUGCCUUGCUUGGGAUUAAUAAUCCCUACCAAAAAGAUAUAAACAGGAGUAUUAUUUGUGAAGAUGUUUCAUCGAAAAUUAAUUGGCUACACUGGAACGCAACUGAUACAAAAGCCGGAUAUUCGUAUGCUUGUGAAGUUGACUCUCUGAGGAAAAAAGUUACCUAUUUACCUGAUUUUGUGGUUAAAGGACUUCUAUUGUAAUUGAUAAAACGAUAAAAUGCGAAAAAAUAAUGAUAAGAAAGUA